UCUGCAAGAAAUAGAUCUUGGGACCAAGUAAGGGAUCUUUUAUAAUAAAUACUAUAUAAUAAAAUCUGAUAGUUACUGUAUACUAGUGUGUAGCUUCUAGAUUUCCUUAUCCAUACUAUUUUUGAUUCUAGGUGGCUCUCUUCAGCUACUACAUUUAUGGCUUUAUGAUCUUCUUGAGUGCUUUUGUUGUUGAGAUUUCGUUGUUAUGACCUUAGAAAGAGGAUGAAUUGAUCUUACUAUGGCUGGAGAGAAGAGAAUAGGGAUGAAACUGAGUAAAUUAUAUUCUUUCAAGUGUUUUAAACCUUCUUCUAGAGAAGAUCAUUCUCAGAUUGGUUCAAGAGGUUACUCAAGAGUUGUGUUCUGUAAUGAUCCUGAUAACCCUGAGGCUCUUCAGCUUAAUUACAAAGGGAAUUAUGUGUCAACCACUAAGUAUACAGCUGCUAAUUUCAUCCCAAAGUCUUUGUUUGAGCAGUUUAGAAGAGUUGCCAAUAUAUAUUUCCUCGUUGUUGCUUUCGUUUCUUUUAGCCCUUUGGCUCCUUAUACUGCUCCUAGCGUUCUUGCUCCGCUCUUGAUUGUGAUUGGUGCUACUAUGGUUAAAGAAGGUGUUGAAGAUUUGAGAAGAAGGAAACAAGAUGUUGAAGCUAACAAUAGGAGAGUUGAAGUUUAUGGUAAAAACAGAACAUUUGGCGAAACCAAGUGGAAAAAUCUCCGAGUUGGUGAUGUUGUGAAGGUUAAUAAAGAUGAAUACUUUCCAGCUGAUCUUCUUCUUCUUUCAUCUAGCUAUGAAGAUGGGAUUUGUUAUGUUGAAACCAUGAAUCUUGAUGGAGAGACUAAUUUGAAGCUAAAACACGCGUUGGAGAUCACAUCUGACGAAGAGUCGAUCAAGAACUUCAGGGGAGUGAUCAAGUGCGAGGAUCCUAAUGAGCAUCUUUAUUCCUUUGUAGGAACACUUCAUUUCGAAGGAAAGCAGUAUCCUUUAUCUCCUCAGCAGAUUCUUUUGAGGGAUUCCAAACUGAAAAACACGGAUUAUGUCCACGGCGUGGUUGUUUUUACGGGUCAUGACACGAAAGUGAUGCAGAAUGCUACUGAUCCUCCUUCUAAAAGGAGUAAGAUUGAGAAAAAAAUGGAUCAGAUCAUUUACAUUCUUUUCAGUAUCUUGAUUGUGAUAUCGUUUGCUGGAUCUUUGUUCUUCGGGAUUGCGACGAGAAGAGAUAUGAGUGAUAAUGGGAAGAUGAGAAGAUGGUAUCUUAGACCUGAUGAGACUACUGUUUUCUUUGAUCCACAGAGAGCUGUUGCUGCUGCUUUCUUUCACUUCUUGACUGCUUUAAUGCUAUACGGUUACUUAAUACCGAUAUCUUUAUAUGUGUCAAUUGAAGUUGUGAAAGUGUUACAGAGUAUAUUUAUCAACCAAGAUCAAGAAAUGUACCAUGAGGAAACAGACAGGCCUGCUCGUGCAAGAACGUCUAAUCUCAAUGAAGAACUUGGCCAAGUUGAUACAAUUCUCUCAGACAAAACAGGUACUUUGACUUGUAAUUCAAUGGAGUUUGUGAAAUGUUCGAUUGCUGGAACGGCUUAUGGGCGUGGUAUGACUGAAGUAGAAAUAGCCUUGAGAAAGCAAAAGGGUCUUGUGCCUCAAGAAGAAGUUGGUGAUGAUUCUUUAUCCAUGAAGGAGAAAAAAGCGAAUUCGAAAAAGUCGGUUAAAGGUUUUAACUUCUGGGAUGAGAGAAUAGUUGACGGGCAAUGGAUUCAUCAACCGCAUGCAGAACUCAUCCAGAAGUUUUUUCGGGUCUUGGCGAUCUGCCACACUGCUAUUCCUGAUGUAAAUAGUGAUACUGGAGAGAUCACAUAUGAAGCUGAGUCUCCGGAUGAAGCGGCUUUUGUCAUAGCUUCUCGAGAGCUUGGAUUUGAAUUCUUUACAAGGUCUCAAACUAGUAUAUCUUUGCACGAAAUCGACCAUACGACCGGCGAAAAAGUAGACCGAGUAUAUGAGCUGCUUCAUGUCCUAGAGUUCAGCAGUUCGCGGAAAAGAAUGUCGGUAAUUGUGCGAAAUCCAGAAAACCGGUUAUUGUUGCUUUCGAAAGGCGCAGACAGUGUAAUGUUUGAAAGACUUGCGAAACACGGACGCCAAAAUGAGAAGGAGACAAAGGAACACAUCAAGAAGUAUGCAGAGGCAGGUUUAAGAACAUUGGUGAUUACAUACAGAGAAAUCGAUGAAGACGAGUACAGAAUAUGGGAAGAGGAGUUUAUAAACGCCAAAACUUUGGUCACUGAAGAAAGAGAUGAUUUGAUUGAUGCAGCUGCUGACAAGAUUGAGAAGGAUCUGAUUCUUCUUGGGUCUACUGCUGUGGAAGACAAGCUGCAGAAAGGUGUUCCAGAUUGUAUUGAGAAGUUAUCUCAGGCUGGGGUUAAGAUAUGGGUUUUAACUGGCGAUAAGACCGAAACCGCAAUAAAUAUCGGAUAUGCUUGUAGUCUCUUAAGAGAAGGGAUGAAAAAGAUUUUGAUAACUCUAGAUUCAUCUGACAUUGAAGCCUUGGAAAAGCAAGGAGACAAGGACGCUGUUGCAAAGGCUUCGUUCCAGAGUAUUAAGAAACAGUUACGAGAAGGAAUGUUACAAGCUGCUGCAACAACCGAUGAUUCAGACAACCCGGAAAUGUUUGGUUUAGUGAUUGAUGGAAAGUCAUUAACUUUUGCAUUGGACACAAAGCUGGAGAAAGAAUUCUUGGAACUUGCCAUUCGAUGUAACUCUGUUAUCUGUUGUCGGUCUUCGCCUAAACAAAAGGCUCUCGUUACAAGAUUGGUAAAGAACGGGACAGGGAGAACAACGUUGGCUAUUGGAGAUGGCGCGAAUGAUGUUGGAAUGCUUCAAGAAGCUGAUAUUGGAGUUGGUAUAAGUGGUGCUGAAGGAAUGCAGGCAGUGAUGGCUAGUGAUUUUGCGAUUGCUCAGUUUCGAUUUCUGGAACGUUUGUUGCUUGUUCACGGUCAUUGGUGUUAUAGACGAAUCGCAUUGAUGAUAUGCUACUUCUUCUACAAGAACCUCACAUUCGGGUUCACGCUGUUUUGGUAUGAAGCUUAUGCUUCUUUCUCUGGAAAACCAGCUUAUAACGAUUGGUAUAUGUCGUGCUUCAACGUCUUCUUCACUUCACUUCCCGUCAUCGCCCUUGGAGUUUUCGAUCAAGAUGUCUCUGCUCGCCUUUGUCUCAAGUAUCCCUUAUUGUACCAAGAAGGAGUACAGAACAUAUUAUUCAGCUGGGAACGGAUCCUUGGUUGGAUGCUGAAUGGAAUCAUAAGCUCAAUGAUCAUUUUCUUCCUCACAAUCAACGCAAUGUCAGCUCAAGCUUUUCGGAAGGAUGGCCAAGUAGUUGAUUACUCGAUUCUCGGAGUCACAAUGUACUCUUCCGUGGUCUGGACCGUGAAUUGCCAAAUGGCAAUUUCGAUAAACUACUUCACUUGGAUCCAACAUUGCUUCAUAUGGGGAAGCAUCGGAGUUUGGUAUUUGUUUCUUGUCAUCUACGGUUCUCUCCCUCCAACGUUUUCCACAACCGCAUAUCAGGUCUUCGUCGAGACUUCAGCACCGAGUCAGAUAUGUUGGCUCACUCUUUUCCUCGUGACGUUCUCUGCUCUAUUGCCAUAUUUCACUUACAGGGCGUUUCAGAUUAAGUUCAGACCAAUGUACCACGAUAUUAUAGUUGAACAAAGGAGAACAGAACGGGCAGAGACUGCUCCGAGGGGGGUUCUUGGCGAGCUUCCGGUGCAAGUUGAGUUUACCCUGCAUCAUCUUAGGGCAAAUUUGUCUAGAAGAGAUUCUUGGAAUUGAUUUAUAUUUUACGCAACUUAGCUUUUUUUAUUUUAUUAUUAUUACUAAUUUUGUAAAUAUAGAUUGUAGUGUGACUACUGCUAAUACUUGAGAGUGUGUUUAAUUUGUAGCUAGUUUUAGGAAGUGCAAAGCGAUUUACUUACUAUAUGGAGUAUAAUAUAUAAAACUGUUUAUAUAGUUUCUAUUUA